AUGUGCCGUGUGUCAACGGCGCAAGGUCAAGUGCGAUCGGAGUCGACCGGAUCGCAUGGUACUCAGACUGGUACCGCUCGGCUGGUGUCAGAAGGAUCUGGCUAUCGAUAUGUGAACAACCACCUCUGGAGUGCUAUCCCAUCAGAUGCACAUGCAAGCAACAGCAGUCCUGGUGGUCGCCGCUUUGAUUCCACCGAAUCUCGAACAGGCCACGCGAUCUACGAAGACAUUGCCAAAGAUGAGCCCCCUAACGGCCGAAGCUUUAUAUUCGGCAGUGGCAAUUCCUCACGACCUCCGGCGAGCAUGGUCCAAGUCAGCGCGAGCCAUGUUGUAUUUCUCUGGCAGACUUACCAGUCCAAUGUCGAUCCAAUGAUGAAGAUCGCGCACACUCCUUCUGUACAGACAGUAGUGCUCGGUCAGAUCAGUCGUCCGGCUGUGUCACGUACUGAGCUUGCUUUGACCAUGGCCAUAUAUCUGAUCAGCAUUGUCUCGCUGACAGAUGAGAAAUGCUUGGAAUCCCUACAAGGCACGCGGACGGCACUGAUACAGAAGUAUCGCGAAGCCACUGAGAUUGCCCUUUCAGCAGCAGACUUCAUCACGACCAACGACAUUAUGGUUCUGCAAGCUCUGGUGCUCUACCUCGCAGCCCUACGAUCGCUCGGCGAGAUCCAGAUUGUCUGGUCGAUGCUCGGAAUUGCCAUACGCGUUGCUGGCACGCUUGGCCUUUCGCGAGAUGGUGCUUCAUUUGGAUUGUCUCCUUUUGAUACUGAAAUUCGAAGACGGCUGUGGUGGGGCAUUGUAUACUUCGAUGGCCGGAUGGCAGAGCUUGUUGGUCAAGAUGGCGAUCUGAUGGGCAACAAUUUCGACGCCGGUCCGCCUUCGAAUCUGAACGACAGCGACCUGUUUCCAACCAUGACGAGACUACCGGAUUCGAAACGCGGCCCAUCAGAAGCGAUAUACCUCCAAGCACGGGUGUUGAGUGUUACUGUAGCGCGAAGCCUGCAAAGCAUCACCGGACCCUCAGGCACCUGGCAUAGGUUGCAUGACUCAAGCAUGCCAACGGCAGAGAAGCUGGAGAUCAUGCAAAGAAUUGAACAACGGUACAACGACGAGAUCCUCGAGACUUGUGAUCCUGGAGUUCCGUUGCAGUACAUGAGCAUCAACACCGCCAGGGCGUUUGCGACCAAGUUGCGCUUGAUCGCCCGUAUCCCGAUUGUGGAUGUGGACCGGGAGUGGGAGGACUCGAAUGGUUUCUCGGAGAACGCUUUCCUUCUCAGCAUGGAUCUGCUUCAGACACAACUGGAUCUGUGGCUUGAGCCAUCUGUGCAACAAUGGAAGUGGCAUUGGCAAGCUCAUUUUCAGUGGUAUUCCUUGGUGACUCUCCUCCGCCAGACACGCUUACGGCAAUCGGGACAUGGGGUGUCUCGGGCGUGGAACAUGAUCAAGAAGGCCUUCGAGGUCAUCGUUCCAGAUCUCCAGCUUGGGCCUCGUGAAAGUCUUCUGCUGGAUGGCAUCCAAGCACUUCUCAACGCAGCCAAGAAACAGCAAGACCAGCCAGGACAAGCUGUAUCCGGCGACAGCGAGCAAAGGACGCCUCGCAUGGCCACGCCUAAAGAAUCUGUUCCCGCCCAAGACGUGCGACCAUACGCGGUCAGCUCGUGA